AUGAAUCAAGACUCAGGCGCUUCAUAUCACAAUCAGGACCAAGGUCUAUCACCGAACCAGACCUCAUCCAGCGACAAUACAACCCCCAAUCCCAAGCGCCGUCCCACAAACGUCGAAUUGAAACAAGCGAAAGAAGCAUCUGUCACUCAGAUCAAAAACGCUAAGACAAACCUUAACAAGUUCACAUUACGCAAGAAAACUGCAGAGUACCGCAUGAGAUUCGCCGCUGUGUACGUUCAAGUAUAUCGCGCUGCUCCACCAGAACACCGUGAGAAGCUUGGCCAGCAUCUCAAUCAGGUCUACAAUUACGGUCAAAAAGCCUUCUGCAAAGACAUACUAAUGCAGUUCACUUUUGCCGACUUGGAAGUUAUAAGGGAGUAUCAUCCAGGUGUUCUCCAUCAUCUACUUACAUUGGAUGAAGAUGCGCCAAGAUUGGAAGCGUUAGCAGUUGAGGAAUUUGGCAACCAUGACGAGGACGACGACAACAACAAUGGAGAGUAG